CACUUUCCUACUGAUUGUUUGUAAAGUGCACCGACGACGAGCUGCCCUGAAGACGCUUCACUGUCGGUGAAACAGGCGUUGACAGGUAGGCCUACUAUCUGCCAGCUUUGUGUGAUUUAUUUUUCAUUUAGUUUUGAUUACAGUGACUUCCUGUGGUUUGACAUAUGGCUAUCAGGCCUUUAUUGUUGCAGUGUUUGCUAUUAAGUGAGAACUGGCAGGAAGGAGCACAGGAGUGCUACCAUAUCCCAGUAACCCUGGCUUCUGGAGUGGACGGACAAUACCGUGGGCCGGUCCACUGAGCAGAUUGCUGUGAGGCUAAGUAUAGCAUGCAUACAAGUAAAUGAGCAGAGAGCAAUGGCCCCCCUUUGUGACAAUGGAGGCAUUUCCCGCUGGGCUGGAUUGCAAUCCCAAUGAAGACCCAGUAGAUCGUGCUGGAAUAGUGUGUGACUUUGGUCUGCAUGAUCACAGCAUACCAGGCAUGCCAUCAGCCUUAUACAAGCAGAGCCUGGACCCUGAGCUCAUUGCUUACUGGUACUGAUGAUGAAGAGUGUGUGUGGAGCAGAGAAAGGAGAGGGUCAGUCUCAUCUCGCCUGCAGUCACUCUCUCUAAUGGGUUGUUCCAGAGUGAAGCCACUCUUUGAAGCGUCUUGCACAGCAGGAGACAGGAGUGAGUUUGUUUUACCAUUCAGUGAACCAAACUUCCUUCCUUCCUCAGAAGCAGAGUUGGUGCUUAGUGUCAUUAUGAGAUGUUGUCUCCAAGCGCCUCCUUUGUGCAAAUCAAGUUCGAUGACAUCCUCUUCUACGAGAACUGUGGCGGCGGCAGCUUCGGGAGUGUGUACCGAUCCAGGUGGAUCUCCCAGGACAAAGAGGUGGCGGUGAAGAAACUGCUCAAGAUUGAAAACGAGGCGGAAAUCCUCAGUGUCCUCAGCCACCGUAACAUCAUCCAGUUUUAUGGUGCAAUUGUUGAGGCUCCAAACUAUGGAAUCGUCACUGAGUAUGCGAGUGGUGGGUCGCUGUACGAUUACCUGUCCAGCGCUGAGAGUGAGCACAUGGACAUGGGGCAGAUCAUGACAUGGGCUGCAGAGAUUGCCAGAGGAAUGCACUAUUUACAUUCAGAGGCCCCUGUAAAGGUGAUCCACAGAGACCUGAAGUCCAGGAAUGUGGUUGUGGCAGGAGACAUGGUUCUAAAAAUCUGUGAUUUCGGGGCAUCCAAGUUCCUGACCCACACAACACACAUGUCCUUAGUGGGCACGUUCCCCUGGAUGGCUCCGGAGGUGAUCCAGAGUCUGCCUGUGUCCGAGACCUGUGACACCUUCUCCUACGGUGUGGUGCUUUGGGAAAUGCUCACCCGUGAAAUACCUUUCAAAGGCCUGGAAGGAUUACAAGUGGCCUGGCUCGUUGUGGAGAAGCAUGAGAGGCUAACCAUCCCCAGUGGCUGUCCUUCCAGCUUUGCAGAGCUCAUGAAGGACUGCUGGGCAACAGAGCCAAAAGAAAGGCCAAUGUUCAAGCAGAUCCUCUCUACUUUGGAGUCCAUGUCUAAUGACAGCCAACUUCCUCAACAGUGCAACUCUUUCCUUCACAACAAGGCUGAAUGGAGGUUUGAGAUUGAAGCUACACUUGAGAGACUGAAGAAGCUGGAGAGAGACCUGAGCACCAAAGAGCAGGAGCUGAAGGAGCGGGAGCGCCGUCUGAAGAUGUGGGAGCGCAAACUCAUCGAACAGUCCAACAGCCCGCUGCUGCCCACCCUUGACAUAUACACAUGGACAGAGGAGCAUGUGUAUUUCUGGAUGCAGCAAAUAUUUGGCGCAGGGGAGGAUCCAUGUGGCAUGCAGCUGUAUGCCGACCUGUUUAAAGAAAAUCACAUCACUGGAAAGAUGUUGCUGUUGCUCACAGAAAACGACGUGCGGGACAUGGGGGUCAAGUCCAAAGGUCAUGUCAUGCACCUUAAGGGAGAAAUUGAAAAGCUAACAAAUGAUUACAUGGGGUUCGUCCACUUCCCACCUCUUUUCAAGGAUGCACUGGAAAAGGAAGUGGAGAAGAGUAAAGCUGUAAAUCUGGAGCUGGUGUUUGGAUACCACUGGAAACCAGGAACAGGGAAUUCUGAUUGCAAAUGGAAAAUGUACUUGGAGCUUGAUGGAGAUGAUGUUGCAUUGACCUACAUCAAAGAUGUCAUCUUUAAUGCCAACCGGAAGGAUGUGGAAACCCUUCGGAUGACUAAGCCACCUUUUGUGAUGGACAAAUGGAUCGUUGGAAUACAGCAGAACCAGAAAGUGGAUUACACAGUUAAUUAUGAGAAUGAUGUCAUGUCACCAAAGUCGACCAGACACAGCUGUCCAGUGGUGUGGAGUCCCAGUGGUGGACAAGACGAGAUCAAGACUGUGGAGCUGGUCAUACAAACAACAUCAGCUGACAUCGACUUGACCCUUACGGAUAAGUCUAACCCUGAUAUCGAUCCCACGUGGAUGUAUAAUGUAAGGCAGAGGCAGUUGAUGACAGAGAAAAACCUGAAAAAGACUUCUGCUCUGAAUGUCUUCACUGGCUCUGAAGCCCGCACUCUGCCUCAGUUCCUGUCUGCACAUGAAAGCCAGGGGUUUUCUUAUGCUGCAGCUGUGCGACGCUCUCCAAACCGGGCCCGUGGAUCUCCUUGGAUUGACUCACGCAGCUCUUCGCCAACCACCAGCCUGUCAGCCAAACUCUCCUCGCUCCAUCUGGGGUCAAAGGGCAGCAGCCCGUCCAGCACUACGUCAGAGAGCGCCUCAGAGAGGGACCGAGAGCGGCCGCACAGCGCUGGAGUGGUGCACGACUACCGCAGAAACCGCUAUUUUGGCAACACAUUAAGUGUGGGAGGGGGGCAGGGUAGGGGCCAUGCAUGGACCAAUACAAGAGAUAACUAUAUUCAUAAUAAAACCAGCAAAACCUCACGACAACCAGGGAGGCCACGGUCCAACAGUUACAGCUUCACACCACAGAACCGCCCCUCCACGAUACCAGGUAUAUCGUCUGUGACAGGAAACCCCAGUGAGGAGAAAGAGGGGGCCAAAGCCAGCGAUGGAGGGUGGAUCAAAGUGGAGCGACAGAAAAGAUUACCACGUCAGGAGAAUAAACAAGUCAGAGGUCGACAGAGAAGGGGGGGCAGGGGAGGGGGCGGUGCUGGAGGGAGAACCUAAUGUGUGGCACACAUGAACUGACACCUUCUUAACAUAAAAAGGUUUUACAUAUAAAUGAUGUUUGCUUAUAUACUCACAAAUGAACUGCUUGUUAUAAGAGAAUCCCACUGAUGCCUAUGAUGUAUAUAUAUAUAAACAUACGGUUUUGUUUUUUAAAAACUGGCAGGUUGAUUUAAUGAUUAAUUAUUUGUUUUAAAUCGACAAUUCACUUCACUUCCCACCUUUUAAUAUAUAGCAGAUGCCGCCCAGUGUGGUGGAUGCAUAUUUUCAAUUUUUUAUUUAUCAGCCCAGUUUAUCUGAUGUAAUUGAAUGAAAUGUUUUGACACCCUUACCCAUGAUAAAUGUUCAUUUCUUCAAAUCCAUAACCUCU